AGGAAAAACAGCCGUCUCUGCUGCUUCAUCUUGCAGUAACCUGCUUUUUUUUUUUUUUAGGCCAUUUGGCUCUUAGGAGGUAACUUACAAAGGGUGGACGAGGGGAGAGGUAUCCAUACUGUAAAAAGAAGAGAAACUCAGGAGUGAGACUGGGGUAAAAAAAAAAAAAGGCUGGCACUGACAAGGACGUGCAAGGGAACAAACUGCCUGUGGGUCCCUUUUCUGUACUAAUGGCGCAAAGGAUGUUGAAUGAAGGUGGGCAAGAUGACCGAUCAGUUCUGGGAAUGUUGGAGGUGCAGGUAGAGCGGGACCCCAAGACAGGUGCCACCAUUGUUAGGUCAGUGGCUCCUUUGUCCACACCAGCUGGUGCUCCAAAGACUACCACUGUCUUCGACGAUGGCAGGAGGAGCAUCCACACUAUCAGUGGGUCAGCAGAUCAACCCUCGUCUAAAGAGCUCGGGCAGAUCUUAAGUGUCAUCGAUGGGGUUGGGAUGAAAGUGCUGCUGAAUGAAGUCACAGUCACACCAACCAAGACAGAGACAGUAGAAGCUAGCAGAGGCUCAGAGAAAAAAGGCCUGUCGCUUUAUACCCAUCCCAGCACAUCAAAGGAAGACUACAGGCCAUUCGGCGGCUCUAGAAGCGAUGAUUUGAGCAGUGAGAAGUGUGUUGUAAGUGUGGGAAACACAGAUGAUAAAAACACGAUGGCAGUGAGAGACACGUUGGAAAAAGUAGAUAUUGUGGAGAAUCAGAUGCUGGAGGAAAGUCCUGUCACGCUUGUGUUCUUGGGAUACGCUGAUGCUACAACAGACCAGAGUCAGAGCCAAGAGGAGCAGGAAGGCAUGAUCACUGUGGAACGAGUGAUAAUCACGGAGGAUGGAGAAGAGCAUGUCUUAGGACCUGAAAUGCCUCCUCCACUUUAUUCACCAUUAGACCAGGUAGCAGAGCAAGGCACCGGGAAAGAGUCCAAAGAUGAAGCAGUUCAGGUUAUUCCCUCGGGUGGAAACGGAGCUGGAAUCAAUGUGCAGGCAGAGGAAGGUGAUAAAGAGUCACAUAAUGCAUCUCCACCAGGCAUAACAGAGGGAAAAGGCAGUUCUAAGCACAGGAGCUGCCGGUGUUGCUCUGUCAUGUAAGAAAUGGUUGAAGAAAGACUCCCUGUAUACCAUGUAUACACUGCUUCCUUUAUAUGUUGCUUUAUAUGAGUGGGUUUAAUAGCAUACUACACCAUCACCCACCAUUUCACCUCCCCUUGAUAAUAAAAAUGGCAUUUAUAUAUUUGUGCAGCUUCUACAAAGCUGAGAACUGAAGUCCACUUCCACCCCCUACUGGACAGAAAUAAGAACUUCAAGCAAGCUUAUCCAAGAGAAAAAUUCCACACUAGAUGUUUAGCCAUGGUUCCUGUAGAAAUGGGGGAAAAAAAUACGCCAUCCUUUAGCAUGCACAUCUUAAUGCUUAUGGUGUCCCUCACUGUUUCUGCUAUGAAAAAUACUCUGCAACUGAGGGCUGAGAUUUUGAGUGUUUCUGUGUUUUGAUGCAUCACCUUUACACGUUGAGUUUCUUAAGACAGAUUCAGAUUCACCAUUUCUGUGUAAAAAUCCAAACAUUAACAUUUUGAGAAAUUAUCUCAUUCCUGCUCAGAGUUACAUGAGAAACAUUACACUUUUUUAAUGUCUGUGCAGUUACUGUGAAGCUAAAACCAGCAUCUGGUUACUGCUGCGCUCGGGCUGUAGAUAACCUCGCUGACAUGGCAACAAGACAUUUUUAUCUCUCAGUUUCUGUACUGAUUAGGCAAACACUGAUUAGGUGUUAAUUAGAAGUUCUGGCUGGCAGAUUUUUUUUUAAACUCCCUGGCAGUUGGGCUUGUUGGUUUCACAUUCAUGCCAAGUUAAGAAAAUUGGUUUGUAGAAUUUGUUUAAUAUUUUUCUGAGGCACUGAUCGUCUCAUCUAAUUCUUGGGGAAAGAAAGUAAACAGUAUACCGCCCACCGUCUUGAACCUGCCUUCACUAUUUUAGAACAGAUAUAUACAUUAAAAAUACUUCUAGAAUUGUUUGAAACACUUUAAAACCACAUUGGCAAUACAAGAAGAACAAUAUGUUCUUCUUGUAUAUUCACUGUAGAAAAUCUGGAAAUCACUCUUUUUCUGACCUUUGUGUGAUUUUUUUCUCACUGAAUUUAGCUAUAACACUGAUUUAUGGCAGUGGAUGUUAAACAGGAUAUGUUGUAAUAUGACAGAUUCCAGUUUGUGUAGUGAUUGAGUUUUACAAUUAGAUUUGAGAUGUACUCACAAUUUCACACUAAAGCAGUAAACAUGCAGACCUCCCAUAUUUGCUUCUCUAUCAUACACCGAAAUGCAUUUUUUUAAAAUGGAGAUUUUCCAGUACAGUUUUGUGACUUUUAAAAUCAUGACUUUAAAUUGUGAAUUUAAAUUCACGUGACAUCUUUGUAUUUCUAAAAUUUCCUUUAUUUAAGGUGUUUACGUGUGUAAAAACAGUAAUUACACCAACAAAAAAUACUGACCACUGCUGUAGUACAAUUAACCAGGUGUAAAGUUGCAGAAAAAUACUUUAAUUAGUUCAAUUAUUGUGUAAUUUAAUGUAAAGAUCUCGUACAUUUGAUGCAUAUUUAAAAGGUUAAAUAUGGCAGCAUACUUUCAUUUAUAUGUUCAAAAAAUGUCAAAAUUCAGUUUAUAAACUAGCAAAUGGGUUUAUCAUUAUGAAAAUAUCCAGUUAAUUUGAGACUAUUAUGUUACAUAAGCUGUUAAAUGUAACUUUACAUCAAAAUCUUGAAUAAACAA